AUGCAGGACCGUCCCGCAGGAGGCGAGAUGGUUGGUAACUAUGACACGAGCCGUCUGUUGAUUGUUGGUGGCAGUCCCGAGUGGAUCAUCAACUUAAAAAAAAAGGAUCCAUUGUGGGCGCGGCGUGAUGUUGCGUUCUCCAUAGAAUUGCGUCGGCUGACUACAGUCGGGCACAAUGCUAUUUCACCUAACGUGACAUGUCCAGACGAUAUUACGGUUGAUACUGAUGUAGGUGUUAAUACAGCAAACGUUACAUGGGAAUCUGCAUUUGCUACUGAUAACUGCUGUCUCGAUAACAUUAAUUUGUCAUAUAAUGCUACGAAUGGCAGUGAUUUUGAAAUUGGAGUUACUAAAAUUGCAACCACAGCAGUGGACUGCUAUGGCAACCAUGAUGAAUGUGUCUUCCUUAUUAAUGUUGAAGACAAUGAAGCACCAGUGCUUGAAUGUCCCCCAAACCAAAACUUAACUGCAGAUUCUAACUGUAUGGCAACCACUACCUGGAUGCCAUCGACUGUCACAGACAACUCUGGGGAUACUUUCAUACCGGAAUGUGAUUAUGUAAAUGGAAGCACCUUUUCUGACUACAUUACAAUUGUAACCUGUAAUGCCACAGACAAUUAUGACAACACUGGAAAUUGUACCUUUACAAUUAAUAUCAUUGAUGAGACAGUCCCUGAUGUGACUUGCCCAGUUGACCUUGAGGUCUGCACUGACAUAGGAACAGAUUUAGUGAAUGCCACCUGGGAACCAGCCAAUGCAACUGACAACUGCUGUAGUGAGGUCAACAUAACUGCUAACUACACCAGUGGAGACCCUCUGAGCCUUGGUGUAUACACUGUAGGAUAUACAGCAACAGAUUGUAAUGGGAAUGUUGGUUAUUGUCAAUUUACUGUUGAAGUUAAAGAUUGUGAGCCUCCGGAUCUUGAAUGUCCACCGAACCAAAAUGUAACAGGCGACGAGAACUGCUUGGCAAAUGUCACCUGGACAGCACCCAAUGUUACAGAUAACUCCAGAGAAUCUUUCACACCAGUAUGUGAUUAUAUAAGUGGAAGCACAUUUGUUGAUGUCAGCACUGUUGUUACAUGUAAUGCCACUGACAAUUAUGAUAACACUGGCAAUUGUACAUUUACCAUUUCUAUUUAUGAUGAUGAAGAUCCAGUCAUAAAUUGCCCAGCUGACAUAGAAGUUUGUGCUGAAACUGGUUCUAUGGCAGCAUCUGUCACUUGGGAACCAAUCAACGCAACUGACAACUGUUGUGACAAUGUAAACAUAACGUCAGAUUACACAUCAGAAGAUGAAUUUGAAAUUGGUGAAAAUGUAGUAACAUACAUAGCAACUGACUGUAGUGACAACUCAGCAUUAUGCAAUUUUACUAUAGUGGUGAUUGAUGUAACUUCUCCUCACGUGAUGUGUCCAGACGAUAUUACUGUUGAUACUGACGAAGGUGUUAAUACCGCCCUAGUGUCAUGGACCUCUGCCAUCGCUACUGAUAACUGUUGUGAAGAUGAAAUUAUUGAGUCUUACAAUGCCACAAAUAGCACUGAAUUUAGCAUUGGAGUUACUGAAGUUCUUUUUACAGCAGUAGAUUGCUAUGGAAAUCAGAAUGAAUGUGUCUUUAUUAUUGAUGUUGAAGACAAUGAAGCACCGAUGCUUGAAUGUCCACCAAACCAAAAUGUAACCGGUGAUUCUGACUGUAUGGCAACUGCAACGUGGGCCGCACCGAAUGUCACAGACAACUCUGGAGAUAUUUUUUCACCAAUUUGUGAUUACAUGAGUGGAGCAACAUUCUCUGAAUACAACACUACUGUCACUUGCAAUGCUACUGACAAUUAUGACAACACUGGGUACUGUACAUUCAACAUUUUCAUCAUAG